GCUGCUAUUUUUACUUACGCUGCCCUGUCAACCAACCUACAACGUCUGCUACUCUUCUGCUAUGUUUUCAUUUCGUUAUGUGGAGCAAAACAUGCUUUGCCUGCAGAAUUUUCCGCGACAUUCCGUGAUCUGAGUGCUGAAAUUCUUUGCAUGUUUUACAAACAUGCUGAACAGACUGUCGACGGUGCUGCAGAGCGCGGCAGACGCUCUGGCACCCCCUCCACCUCCCCUGGAGGAUUUAAAGUACCAUUGGAAGAUGGUCAUGAGAUUUUAUGCCCAACGCACAAUUCAGAGCAAGUGCCCCAUAGAGGAAACAAAUAUUCCUUCUCAUCUAGAACAACUUCUGAGGAUUUUGAUAGCCGAGGAUGCUUGUACAAAAGCUGCUCCUGAAGGUCCAUGCACUUCUGCUGGUCCAUGCCUUGAAUUCUUACUUCAGCAUCGAUUGUUAGAACUACUGGUGUCUCUUGCCCGAGCAGAUUCACCACCAGGAAUGAGGAGGUAUUUACUUGGCUAUCUGAAGAGACUUGUUGCUGCAAUUUCACCCCAUCUCUUAACUCUUGCCAGCAUUCAUCUCCCUCUUCUGCGAAUUGUAGUCUUGUGUAGUCAGUCCAAAGCAUCGCCAACUGAGGCUGAAGAAAUUGAAUUUUUAUUAGCACUUUGUCAGAUCAUUCACAGGCAACCUUAUCUCUCCAUUAUCUUCAAUAAAGAGACAAAAGCUAGUAAAGAGUCUGGAUCUAGUAGCAGUGCCUGUAGUACAGUACCUGGAGUGAACUCACCAACCCAGGAACAUUCCCCAGUUAAGAGUUGUCUGGAACCCAAACAGAAGGUGGAUCAAGAAGAUCACUCAGCUGAAAAAAAUUAUGCACAAGUUUCCACUGAAAUUGGGAACUUGUCAAUAAUGUCAAGUUCAGAUAAGGAUAAUCAAAAUGAAAGCUCAAGAUCAGAAAUGGACAGUGGAUCAAAAAAUGGACCUAAUGGAAUUGAAAGUAAUAUCUCACAUGCUGAUUUUUUAAAAGAAAAAAAGAAAAUAGACUGUUCCAUUUUGGGAACUCCCAUCCCAUUGAUAAAAGAGAGCAAUGCUUUACCGACAAUGCAAGAGAGAAAUACUGAUUCUGAUACGGAAAAAACAGGGAAAGUUUGUAGCAGCCGGCAAGAGGAAGUGUUUGGUGAUCAAAGUCGAACAACAUCUGGUUCCUGUUCCCCAGAACCCUUCCUUGUAGAAGAUCUCUCAGACACUGAUAUAACAGAGGGGAGUCUUCCCUUACUUGAUGCUGUGCUAAGCUUCAUAAACAGUCCUGAUAGUGGAACGAAGCUACAUGUGUGUGAAGCCAUUCUUAUGCUCGUCUCUGUAGCUGAUGAAACAUUUUCCAGCGCUGUUUCUCGCACCUCCAGCCUUGGUCUUGUAAUGGCAGAAAAAUUGACUUCAUCGUUUCAAGAAAUUCCUUCUGAUACUGAUCCAGAUCAUUUGGAGGAUAUUCCUCAGAAUUGGGGUCCUAAAAGUUCCCAGUUAUGGUUGGAGCAUCAUGCAUUCCCUGGUUGUAGACUAGUUGCUUCCUUUGUAUCAUGGUUGAACUUCUGUGAUCAACUGACUGUUGAGAGUCCGUUUGUGAUUGCUGAGUCAGUAGCUGGGGCUGUGCGAGCUCUAUUUUUUGAAAUAGAAUUAGAAUCUGAACUGCGCACAGGAGACAUUAUGCGGCAACAACUUAUCACCAACAUCAUUUGCUUAAGCCUGCGCCACAUUUCUUCAAACAUUCUCCUAUCAGAGCUUAAUGUGUGGUUGAUGGGAGACAUACCGGAAGAAGGCACCGAAAGUGAAGUGUUGUCUUUAAGGCAACUUUUGUUAAACAACUGUCUUCAUCCAGACAUUCAUUUGAGUCUCAACACAUUGAGACUUUUUGAGCUUUUACUUGAAAACUGUGAUAAUUACGUGCUUAAUUGCUUAGUGUUGAGGUAUCUUAACAAGCGAGCUUAUUAUGACACUUCAUCACAUCAUGAUAAAACUUGUAUGGAGUCUUGGAGUGACGAGGAAGACGCAAGAGAGCGAGAGGGAACAAAAAGUAAUCAAGGACAAGAUUCUACUGGUUUAUCAAGUCGCACCUUUGCACCCAGCAAUAUUCACAAAAUCAUUGAUAGUUUUUUACAGCUACUCCCAAGUAGCUUAAGAUCAGCCACAGACUACCAAGAGAGUGGUUAUCACCAAUAUAUUGCUGAAGCACAGCGCCAGUACGCAACAAAUAUCCAAAUUUGUUCUUCUAUGGGGUGGGGCUCUGAAGCUACUUUUCCAGAAGAAGAGGAUGAAACCGCCAACUCAUCUACGAGCACUCAGCCUUUCGAUGUAGGACCAUUUCUCCAAAUGAUUUUUGAGAGAUUAAGAGGAUUGCCUAAUCAGCCCUAUGAGAUGAACCUCCAACUCACCGCCCUUGUAUCACGCUUAGCAAUGCUUCCACACCCUUACCUGCAUGAAUUUUUAUUAAAUCCCCUUUUACCUAUGGUCCCUGGUACAACAUCUCUUUACUCAACACUCCAAGCUGUGGCUCGGGAAACGCAAACAGCCUUGGCUGCUAUUCCCAACAGUAAGAAAAUGCUUGUUAGAACUCGGCAUGAGUUACUAGGAGACAUGUCUUACCACCAUGAUUCAACAAGAGACGGCUCUUGUUUGUUUGAGAGUGUGGUCGUUCUUGAGGAAUUUAACAAAGAAUUGGCAGCUAUUGCCUAUGUGAAGUACCAUCAUUCUUCUUGAGUACACGACCCACCCGCUGCACCUGUUCCACAUUGCCCUGCCUGUGCAGAGCGAAUCCGGUCAGAACAGCGGGUGGAUGAUGAAGAAGACUUGGAAGAAGAACCUGAAACAGACCACCUGGAGGAAUGGAACUGUGAAUUACCCGAACGUCCCUCCCAACCCAUGCCAAUCCCUCCCCUUUCCGUUCCUGCUCAUAACUAUAGUUUAAGAGGUAGAAUGUACCGUGUAUGUUGCAGUGCACACCAAGAUGCCUGCAUUUGCUCGUGAACUUCUCUUUUUGAUUAUGUCAAAUUGCAAAAAAGACGAGAUUAAUUUUUCUGUCCUUUAUUAAACCAAGGGUGAAUGCUCAGUUUACUCUCCAUUUGGAAAACUUGAGAUUCUAACUUAGAAGAUAGAUUAUAUUGUAAUUGUGAUUCAGAAAAUAUUCUAUUCCAUCUUUUAUUUUAGUUAGUAUAAAUGGAAUAGGUUUUAGUCAUUUUAUCUUCAAGAAACGUAAGGAAUCGCGGUGGGGAUUUUUUCUUACAACAUCCUUACUGUUAUUUUGAAGUAGUAUGGAUUUCUUUGGUUGAAGAAACAUGGCACCUUUUAAUUUCUUAAGUAUGUAUUGUGAAAAUAUUAUGGUAACAAAUGAGUAAGUCAAGUUUUGUUGUGAAGUAUCACAAAAGUCAGGAAGAUCCAACAACGCUUAGAAAAUGUCACUUUUUAUUUUCAAUAAUCAAUUAUAGCGGAAGAAGCCAACAUUUCUGCACUUCUCUAGUUCUUGGAUGUGUGUUUUGAUUUAAUCUUCAGGAAUUGUUUGGAUAGAUUUCCUAGAAUUUUUUAGGAACUUUUAAAAUUGUACCAUUUAAUUGGGUUAUUUGUGUAUGUAAUCAUACCCAUAUUGUGAUGGACGAUUCUAUGAGCUUUGGUUUCUUGUGAUGACCAUAUGCAGUAUUGUGAUUGAAAUAACUAGUCAUUUGUCAUGUUUCUUAUAUUUUUUUAGAGUAUGUGGGAGAGAUGCCGUGUGCUGUGUGAGUGUGUUUAACCAGUGUUAAUUGUGAAAAAGGGCUGCCCUUUCAUAAGUGACAAUAUAUCCAAAGACCUUCUUGAGUUCUAUGCCCCUGUGUUUUCUAAAUAUUCUCAUGAAUUAAUUAGGGUAUUUGAAAGUUCAAAUGACUGGUGGUGUGUUUUAAACAAAGAUUUGUCAAAUAAGAAACUGUCUUUAUCUUUUU